GGGGGAGCGGAAGCUGAGAUAGCAAGAAGCCAAUGUUGGAGUAGUGCAGGAAAAGAAGAGAAGUAGAGAUCAGAAAUGCCGCUAUACGAUUGCAUGCUGCUUGCUAAGCCGUCGGUGAAGAAGGAGGCGAUUAUGAAUCUAGUCGCUCGGUUGGGGAAGCGAGUUUUCCAGUGCAACGGAGUCGUCACUGACAUCAAAUCCUUUGGUACCGUGCAGCUCGGCUACGGAAUCAAGAAGCUCGACGGCCGCCAUUUUCAGGGCCACCUGAUGCAAAUGACAGUAAUGGUUCCACCUUCCUUCCCCAAGGAACUCCAGUACCUAAACAAGGAAGACCGCCUGCUUCGUUGGCUCAUUGUUAAACACAGGAAUACGGUAUAUGGACUGGAGGCCAUCAAUGAUGAUGAGGGGAAGGAUGAGCUGAGCUUGUUUGGUCCCGGCAGCUUAUAUAAAAAGACGGGUGAGGAUGACGAUGACAACGACGAUGAUGAUGAUGAUGAAGAAUAUGAACAAUGAUAGACUUGUAUGUAUUUUCAGAAUGCAAGCAUAGUUUUUUACUCGUAGAAGCAUAUAAAUAUUCGGAAGUCUUACGUGCAUACCACUCAAUUCUUAUGUAUUUACAUAUCUAACACCUAAGCUUCAAUUUUUAAUAUAUGCCAUCUUCCCUAUGCAUGAAAAAGAUGUAUUUCAUAUUUCAAGAGCUAAAAAAUGGAGGAAUUUUUCAUGUGCUAUGAAAGAUUUUGGUCAUAUAAACUUAAAAAUAUAACUUUUAAUUGUUUGAUAUGGAAAUACAUAGGAAUUGGGUGGUAUAUAUGUAAAUGCUCCAUAUAUUUCAUUUGCUGAAAACUCACAUUCCUCAAUACACAUUCCUGACUAAUCCUAAUCUCUGAGCUCUUAAUUCUGGCAUCAUUAUA